GCGGUGCCGCCCCCGCGCAGGCGCAGGCGCGCGCGCGGGAAGAUGGCGGCCGGGUUCAAGACGGUGGAGCCUCUGGAGUAUUACAGGAGGUUUUUGAAGGAGAACUGCCGGCCGGACGGGAGGGAGCUGGGCGAGUUCAGAGCCACGACCGUCAACGUGGGUUCCAUUAGCACCGCGGAUGGUUCUGCUUUAGUGAAGCUGGGAAACACGGCCGUGAUCUGUGGUGUUAAAGCGGAAUUUGCUGCCCCACCUCCAGAUGCCCCCAACAAGGGAUAUGUUGUUCCCAACGUGGACUUGCCGCCUCUGUGCUCGUCGAGGUUCCGGUCGGGGCCCCCCGGGGAGGAGGCCCAGGUGGCCAGCCAGUUCGUGGCAGACGUCAUUGAAAAUUCACAGAUGAUCCGGAAGGAGGACCUGUGCAUCUCUCCGGGGAAGCUUGCGUGGGUCCUCUACUGCGACCUCAUCUGCCUCGACUGCGAUGGGAACCUCUUGGACGCCUGCACGUUCGCCUUGUUAGCGGCUUUGAGGAAUGUGCAGCUACCGGAAGUCACUAUAAACCAAGAGACAGCUUUGGCAGAAGUUAACUUAAAGAAGAAAAGUCACCUGAACGUUAGAACUCACCCGGUUGCUACUUCCUUUGCGGUGUUUGACGACACCCUGCUCAUCGUGGACCCCACCGGGGAGGAGGAGCGCCUGGCGGCCGGAGCCCUGACGCUGGUCAUGGACGAGGCGGGCAGGCUCUGCUGCCUCCACAAGCCAGGGGGCGGCGGGCUGACCGGGGCCAAGCUGCAGGACUGCGUGAGCCGGGCGGUCACCAGACACAGGGAGGUGAAGAAGCUGAUGGACGAAGUCUUCAAGAGUAUGAAGCCCAAAUAAGCCACCACAUUUCCAAACCAGAUUUGUAAAAACUAUUUGUUGCACUGCACACAAGCCUUUUAUACUCAAUAAACAUCAAACUGCAUCCCUAA